CCCACUCUGGUGGUUUUUCUGAGAGUCGCCAAGUAUGUGAUCCUGAGAACAUAUGAGCAGCUAUAAGUGAGAUCAGAGCAGAUGACUUGACGGACAGCAAAGACAGAGGAGCAUCAUCGCUUCUACACCGAGGACAUCAUGAGGACUCUGAGCUUCACAGUGGGACUCCUGCUGUUGAUCACUGUUUACUACUGCACUGCCAUGCCUCAUGCAUUGAACCAAAUAUCGCCUGGAUCGUGCUGCUUUAAAUUCUUCACAGGAAGGGUGCCGCGCAAGCAAAUCGUCUCCGUCACCAAGACCCACAGCAGCUGUCGUGAAAAGGCAUUUGUGGUCAGCACUGCCAAAGGGAAAGAGAUCUGCAUGAGCCAGACUGUGGACUGGGCACAGGAAGCUUUCAAGGGACAGCAAGUCAUCUAGUGCUCGUCCUCAUGGUCACUGAACCUCCAGCCGUUUUCUACUUCGUGCAACCAUUAACAAUUUUACUGAUUAACCCUUGUUUUGCUUUGUUCUUCAUAUUUCCAUUUUGCCAAAUGUAUCGAUGCAUGCGUUCAUGAAACAAAAACGAAAAAUAAAUGCUGAUGAAUAUC